AUGGAUAUAGAGCUCCGCCGGCUUGAGAAGUCCAUGAUUGCUCAAUCCCAGCAUCCAAGUCCCCCUGAGGGGAAGACCGACGACCCGGGAGUUAAGGACGAUUCCCUGUUGUCUCGUCACAUCCAAAGGGGGAAUACACAGCAGACCUAUUCACAUCGAGUCACACGUUCCUUCCUAAAAAGCGAAAACGAAUCGCUCAACUUGGUUUCUGUUCACCAGCGGAGCGACCAACUUGAUCAAACAGAUAAUAUUCCAGACGGCGAGCUUCCCAGCGAUUGCAUCCUCUUCUACAUCUCUGGCCGUGCAAUUCAGUCCGAUAUCCUUGAUUCCCCUGUACUGUCUCGCCCCAACCGCUACUCCUUCGAUCUCGCAGCAAACUUUCUACUUGUGAAGAUGGUUACAAUAAUCCACUCUGACAUCAGCCAGUUCGCUAACCUCGCCCUAACCCGCGUUAUUAUCCAGAUGGGUCUUGCAGCCAACGUUCGCUUCUACGCCGGGGCUACAAUCGGGGAAGAGGGCCAGGGCAAAGAGGCAGAUCAAGGCUGGGGACCUCUCCCAGCCCCUCAAGGCUUUCCCGAUAAGCCUACGGUGACCCUAGAGGUCGGAGUUUCUGAGUCGCACAUAAAGCUCCAGCGGGACGUUGACUGGUGGCUGCACCCGGCCAAAGGCAAUGUCAACGCAACACUCAUAAUCAAGGUCGACAGGAAGCGUCCCCGGCUUAUGAUUGAUCGAUGGGAGCGUAUUGAUGGAGUAGUUCAAAGCACUCAACGGACCGAAAUAUCAAAGGUCAAUGGACAAGUGGAAUUGACCAAUGACUCUCUGACCAUUCCCUUUGAAUCUCUUUUCCUACGGCAACCAACUGGAAAUGAGAUAGACAUUACUCUGGAUAGAGGGACUCUUGAAGAACUAGCUGAUAGAACGUGGCGUUUACAAGGGCUCUAA